ACAGUCAGACCAUAGAUAGACGAUGACCUUUUCUAAUUAGAUCUAUUGACUCUUUUCUUUGGAUCCUUGUUCUUAACAAAGUAGACUGAAAAAUGAUUCGUUUGAUUUUGAAAGCAAAGAGUGUACUGCAGUCUCAUUCAACAUUACAAUGCAAAGCAGCUAUGUUAAGUUACUCACCAAAAGGGUCACCAUUGUCACCACCUAUGAUGAGGUCUUGUUUUUUUACAAAAAAAACUCGACAAGGGCUAGAAUGUGUAAAGAAGUAUCAGCCAGAUAGUGUAAUUCUUGAUCUUGAAGAUUCAGUUCAGUUGCAUGAAAAACCCUCCAUUAGAAAGCUGUAUUUGAAUGGCAUUAAAGAUGGCCUUUUCUCUGGCAUUAGUGUUUAUGUCAGGAGCAGCUCAAUAGAUUGUACAAGUGAAUUUAUUGAGGAUAUUAAAACUUUCACUGGGAUUGGAAUAGCAGGCUUUCUUUUACCAAAAGUUGAGAAUCGAGAAAGUGUACUGGAAGCAGAAAAGGUAAUACUACAUUACGAGGACGAGAAAGGACUUGAAAAGAAUAGUCAUACUUUCUCAAUAAUCAUAGAAACUCCAGCUGCUUUCUUUGAAGUACAAAGCAUCCUAUCAUCAUCUAAACGUAUUUCUUCAGUUAUUUGUGGUAGUGGAGAUUUUACAGCCGAAGCUCUUUGUGAUGAUCACUCUCCUACAUAUGAUGCAUUUUUUACACAAGUUGCUCUUGCUGCAAAGGCAACAAAGAAAGUUGCUAUAUGGGGUGUUCAUGACAAACUUGAUGAUUAUAUAGGCUUCCAGAGCAAUUGUUUUAAAAUGAAGAGUUGCGGAUACAAUGGGGUUGUUGCCUUGACGCCAAAACAAAUUUUACUGGCAAACCAAGUCUAUUCUCUUUCUCAUAGCGAAAAGGACUGGACCGAGAGAGUGUUGAAAAAAUCUAUGCACAUUAAUACGAUUCGUAAAUCAGUUCAAGAAAGUCGGCAAAUGAUAGGUCCUCCUCAUAGAUUAAAGGCUAAUAAUAUCCUUGCUAGCAGAGUAGAAAUGGGAGCGAUUCCUUCUAAGUCGAUUCGAGGUCAUGCUGCUUCUUCUAAAGGAAUAUGUGCUGACCUGGCAAUUGGUGAAAUAGUGCCUGCACCUCGUGAAGUUUUCAUUACUGACAGUUGGAAAACAACUUGGGAGAGCUCAUUCAUUAGUUCUAGAAGGUGUUACAAUAAAAAGAAUGAUGCAUGCAUUCCAUUUGCAUUAGCUGCAACAUUAGCAGUUGCUUUUUCUGUAUCUAAUCUCUCUUACUAUGCAAGAGUUCACCUCGGUUUCAAGAAUAUAUUUCAACAUAGGCCUCUCCUAACAGGUGACAGGGUACGUGCUAUGUUUCGAAUUGACUCUAUCAAGUCAAAGAAAGGGAGUGAUAGCAUUCAAUAUUCAGUGGUUCAUUCAACACAUUGGCUGGUCAAUCAAAAAGAUGAAAUAGUUUUACAGCUAGAAAAAAUAACCAUGUUCCAGCCUGAGGAUUGUUCAAUGAAAAUUUCCACAGACACAAAAACCAAAACAUUUCAUCCACUGGAUUCAAUUCUUAGGAAGUCAAUUCUAGAGCAACCCUCAGAUACUUUAAUUCCUCGUUCAUCACAAAAGAAUUUAAUCCCAGGCCAACUCCUCAUACAUGAUCUAGUCAAGGUUAUGGGCCAUUCUGAGACUCGUAUGCUCUGUACUUUACUUCAUAUUGUGAAUCCACAUCAUCACAGUAUUGUACGCUAUCAACAUACUGAUCUACUAAUACCAGGGCCCUUUGUCAUGUCAGCUGGAAUGAGUCUUGCAGAUCAAGAUAUUGGUGAGAUAAUUUAUGAAGAUAUACCUGUUUGUAUCAACCCCAAUAAGGUUAAUUUUGGUGACCAGCUUGGGGUCAUGACUUUCAUUGUUGAUAGGAAUGAUGUCAGUGGUGCUCCUGAAUAUGAAGAAAUAACGCUGAAGCAUUUCGUCUUGAAGAAUACAAGCAUGGAAUUACUUAGAGAAAUUGAUGUUCCUAUUAAGCUUUUUGAAAAUGGCCACAUGAAGCCAUCUGAAUACGAGCAUUUGUGUGCAUCACAGUGUCCUGUCUUAUUGCAUAAAAUUGCUUGUGUGACAACUAGAAGAAUAAUACGAGUAAGGCCUGAUAUUUACUCCUGUCAUAAAGUACCAAGUGAACUCAUUAUGAACUGACAGAACCUAACUAGGCUAUUUUGUAUUGUACUAAAAUGACUGAGCUUGAGUGUUUAAUUAUAAUAAGUAGGUCUAGUUUUAUUGUGUGUUUUGUGUUAUCAGCCAGUAGGCAUGCACAUAUCAAUUUUUGUGCAGUUUCAUUUUUGAAUUUAACUUGUACUUAUUAAAACU